AGCCGUAUGAACUACAGCACAUGCAAUGGGCGUUUUAACACGGGCCCGCUGGCACCCGGACCGGGGGAAAAUGGACUGUUUAACGAGCCUCCAGACGAUAACAGCAUGGAGUUGCAGCAGCUGUUCUGUGGAGGAACCCUCAACCGGAGACCCAUUCCUGCUGCUUACUUGGCUGAACACAUCAGGAAGCUGAGUGCCGACGACAAUCGACUGCUCUCCCAAGAAUACGAGUCGAUUGAUCCGGGACAUCAGUUCUCCUGGGAGACCUCUAAUCUGGAGGUGAAUAAGUCCAAGAAUCGAUACGCCAACGUAGUGGCCUACGAUCACUCGCGGGUCAUCCUUCGCAGCCUUGAGGGCGUCCCAGGAUCUGACUACAUCAAUGCCAACUACAUCGACGGUUACAAGAAACCUAAUUGCUACAUUGCAACACAGGUAAGGAUAUGCUUGAUGUACGCUGCCGAAAAAUAA